AUGGGACAAUUUAUUGUCCGUAAAAGUUCAAAAGGAAAAGGAUUUUUGUCCAUAACAGUCGAGUUGCUUGACCGUAACAUUAAACACAUCAACAUAAAAAUGGAGAAAGAUGAAAAAGGUCGAAUGACCUUCUGCCUUUUAAAGGAGAUGGGGAAGUUCAAUUCUUUGGACAGUUUGAUUGAAUUCUACAGAGUGAACCCAAUUGAAAAUAUUGAGAAAGUUAAAGAUGUCAGGCUCCUCUACCCAAUGAAAAGAAUUCCAGAGAACUUACCGAUGCGGAGGACAGAAAUAUGCAGUAACUAUUUAGCUCCAUUCAAUGCAAAUGGUAACAAUCUUUCUUCAAAUAGCCAAUUGAUCGACAGACAAUCCGAUUUGACUAACUCUGGUUAUACGUAUGUGCGCAAUAUGAACAUUGACCAGAGCCAUCUGCUCAAAAUGAAUUUAGAAAAAAAUGAGAGAUGCAAGUGCGGGAUCAGCAAAUUAGAAUCUCGACUUCCUGGCAAUUACACGAUUCACAAGGUUGAAUAUCCUAACAUUGGCUGGAAGCUCUACUUUCAAGACAGCGAAAACAAAACUACAUGGACACUUCCUGACCACAUCAUCCAGAAAUUGGAACCCUGCCACUGGAAAAACUUGAUGAAACUGUAUAGCCCACAUCUGUUACCACCUUGGCUUCUAAAGAAGAGGCCAAUCUGUACACAGCAGGACGAAGUCUAA